GGAAUUGAAUGCAUUUCCAUAAUUCAACUUUCUAACCUCCAUAAUUCAACUUUCAAGUGCUAGAGAUCCCACAUGGCUGAUCCUAUUAGUUACGAUUUUGUUUCAUAGGAAGUAACGGUUCUAGAAGUGUAUAAAAAUCUUUCACCUAAAUGAACAAUACUAAAGAGAACCUUAAAAUAAUUUUAUAAUUAAACAAAAGAAUUCAGAUAGGCGGACACACCAUGGAUUUUGAUAUUUUAAAACUUAAUAAAAUUAUCCGACUACCACCACCGUACAGUCAAACAUUACAAUCACGUAAUGUUUCUGCGGCAGACGAUUUAAUAGAUCAUGUACCAAUUCGUAAAAGUACUACUGAAGGUACCAGUUAUGCAGAGAAGUACGUAGAGGAAGAAGAAAAAGAACUUCUUAAGUCUUCUGCAAAGCACAUAUCCAAUAUUUUGGAGAAUGAACAUAAAAUGGAUAAUGUAUCUGUGGGAACAAAUUCCGUUCAAUCAGAGCUUUAUAAUCAAGAAUUAAAUGUAUAUAAUACAUUUGACUUUUCUAACCAUUUAAAAACAAAUUUAUCUAUCAACGAUAUAAAAGACCAUAUAAUCUCAAUGAUUGAUACCAAUUCUGUAGUCAUCAUUGAGGGACCAACUGGUUGUGGUAAAACAACACAAGUACCACAAUAUAUACUUGAUUCGUGUUACAAAAAAAAAGCUCAUUGUAACAUUAUAGUAACACAACCUAGACGUAUUGCUGCUUCUAGUAUUGCAAAAAGAGUUAGUCAAGAAAGAAAAUGGCCUUUAGGAACCCUUGUUGGAUAUAAAAUUGGAAUGAUGAACUGUACUUCUAAAGAUACACGUUUAACUUAUUGUACAACUGGAGUACUUUUACAGAGAUUGGUUUAUAAAAAACACAUGUUAGAAUUCACUCAUAUUAUACUAGAUGAAGUUCAUGAACGUGAUCAAGAAAUGGAUUUCCUAUUAGUUGUUAUAAGAAAAUUAUUAAGGACCAAUUCCCGUAACGUAAAAGUUGUACUUAUGUCUGCAACAUUUAAUGUUGAUAAAUUUGCCAAUUAUUUUUCAUCGCCUGUUGGGAAUAAACUUGAGCCUGCACCUGUAAUUAGUGUUGAUAAACAAAGUUUGUAUAAUACAAAGGUUUAUUAUCUUUGUCAACUUGGAAUGAUAGGAGACUUACCAAAAGUAUCACAAAAUGAACCAAAAAUCACAAAAAAUUUAAUGAAUUUAUGUGUACGCAUAAUAAUUGUUUUGGAUGAGCUAGACAUGAAAGUAGGUGAUAAUGCAGGAAAUGAUAUUGGAAUAGGUUCUUUUAAUAGACACGUCGUUCUUAUAUUUUUGCCAGGAAUAUCUGAAAUAGAAGAAUUACAUAGUAUGUUAAUGUCUCCAAAAUAUGAAAGCUCUAAAUGGGAUAUUGUCGUUUUACAUUCCUUACUUACAAAUGAGGAACAAUUCAAAAUUUUCCAGCAACCUCCAAAAGACUAUCGUCGUAUUAUUUUAUCAACAAAUAUUGCUGAAAGUAGCAUUACUGUACCUGAUGUGAAAUAUGUAAUUGAUUUUUGCUUAACAAAACAACUCGUGACUGAUCCACAAACUAAUUUUCAAUCUUUGGAGCUUUCUUGGGCCAGUAAAGUAAAUUGUAAACAGCGCAGUGGUCGUACAGGUCGUGUAAUGGAUGGUAGAGUAUACAGAUUAGUACCAAAGAAUUUUUAUAAUUCAGUACUACCUGAAGAAGCAAGUCCUGAAAUGUUGAGAGCUCCUCUUGAAAAUAUAUUUCUUCAGGCGAAAGUUUUAAAUAUGGGUGAACCUAAAGCUAUUUUAGCUUUAUGUCUUGAUCCACCUGACCUUAGUAACAUAGAACGUACUAUACUGUUAUUAAAAGAAUCUGGUGCAUUACUUAACACUGAAAAUACAACACAUGCUCUUGAUGGUGAAUUAACAGAUCUUGGCCGUAUAAUGGCUGCUGUGCCAUUAAAUAUUAAAAUUACUAAAUUGAUUAUGUUAGGUCAUCUCUUCAGUGUUUUAAGAGAUACGAUAAUAAUUGGUUGUAGUAUGAGCAUAAAAGAUAUGUUUUGUAACCCAUUUGGAAAGAAGUUAUUAGCUUAUAAUGUGAAACUUACUUGGGCUAACGAUUCAGAAAGUGAUUGUAUAGCAUUUCUAAAUGUUUACAAGGUAUGGACAAGGGAGAAAGCAAACCGUCGUUUAAAUAGCCGUGAUAUAGAGAAAAGAUGGGCAAAAAGACAAUUUGUUCAAAUAAAAGUAUUACGUGAAAUUGAGUCUCUCGUACUUGAAGUAACCAAAAAGUUAAAAGAUUUUAAUAUAGUUGAAAGUGUUGGAAUUAAUAAAGUCAAGUGGGAUGAUGAAAUACGACCACUUAUUCUUAAAAUUGUUAUUGCUGGUGCAUUUUAUCCUAAUUAUUGUAUUAAACGUCAAAAUACUGUAGAAAUGGAAGAGCAACAUAAAAUUUUGAAUGGACUAGACAUAACCAGAACAGUAUAUUUACAAGGUUGGCCAAUUAAUCAACCAGGAUUUUUGUACGCACGGAAAAUUCAGAAUCUUUUCCAACCUUGUCUCAAUUCUUCUAUUGGAAAAAUACACGUUUCGUUUAAAUCUACACGUUUAUAUGUUCAAUUUAAUAAAGAUUAUACAGAUGAGGAAAGAAAAAUUCCACUUUCAAUGUACAGGGCCAUUAAAAUGAGACGAUAUAACAGUCCUAUUAAAAUAUCGGUAUUAAGUGAAAAAAAAGCUAUUGAGUUUACAAAGCAAAUGAAUUUUGAAGUACAGCCAACAGGAUUUCUUAACAAGAAUAUUUCUAUAAAAGAGGAUGAAAGACCUGCUUACGUUAAUCCAGAUCUUCCAAGUCUUGAUAUUUCAUGCAUUCCAAUUAAGCUAAUAAACAUUAUAAAUCCUGGUCAUUUUUGGGUACACAUAAAUGAUAAAGAUACGCAUGAUAAGAUAAAAUACAUAAGAGAAGUUUUAAAUAGAAAAGAAUACGCUUUGAGUAAAUUCAGUUCUCUUCCCGAGAUUGACACUCUUGUAGCUGUUCCAUUGAAAUUAAAACAUCUCCAAGUAGAAUAUUAUCGUGGUAUUAUUAAAGAUUAUAUUAAAACACAAAAUCAAAACUUUGCUUUAUGCCAAUUAAUUGAUAUUGGUCAUACCAUAAAAAUUCCUAUUAACGAUAUACGAAAAAUCACAAAUGCUAAAAGUGUUAUGAAAAUCCCUGCUUUAGCACUGGAAUGUGUUUUAGCUAACAUACAACCUUCCACAAUAUACAGUUAUAAAAUACAUUGGUCUGAGGAAGCUGAAUUAAAAUUUCAUGAGCUUAUUGGAAAUAAUGAACAUAUAUAUGGUGAAAUAUAUUCUGUUGUUAAUAGUGUGAUAGCUUUAACAUUAAUAUCUUUAAACAAAGGUGAAAAAGUCAAUAUUAAUGAAAUAUUAAUAGAUACCAAAUUAGCAAUUCCCAAAGAAGAAAGUUAUUUAUCACAACGUAACAAUAAUAUAAGAAAACAAUAUAAAAAUAUGAAUACAAAAGAAAUUCUUUAUUAUGAGAAAUUACAAUACGACGAUAGUUAUGAUAUAAAUGAUGAUUAUCCUGAUCCUCCCGAAGAAUCAGAAUGCAUUUCUACAGUAAAUUUACGUGGUCCUUUUUCUCCUCUCGAAUGUAAUUUAAAACAUCUUACCAUUGCUGGCAGAGAUAAGGCAAUCUACAUUGAUAAGAAUUCUGUUAAUUCAGUUAUUCUUGAUAAUAAUUGGGAAGAACAACAAGAAAAUCUCUUAGUGGCUGGCUCUGUAAACCAAAAUAUAAACAGUAACAGUUUAACGUUAUAUAAUACCACUUUAAUACCUGCCAUUCCUGGUCUAACAGCUUUACUAGCUUUAAUUUUUGCACCACGUAUAGAAUUACGACGUAGUUCUAUUGGUUCAUAUUUUACCGGAGCAUUGUGUGGAUUAGGAUAUGAUAGUUCUACUAAAACAAGUAUUUUUCCAGAACAUGAUAUGGAAGUCUAUUUUGAUGUUGAGAUAACAUUAGAUGAUUUACAAGAUAUAAAUAGAUUGCGAAAUUGGAUGAAUAUUGGUAUGCAAAUUAGCGAAAAUAUUAAGGGACACAAUCAUUUCAUGGAAGUGAUCACUUGUCAAAAUAAAAUCGAAGCAGUAUUGUCCAAACUUAUAAAUAAAAAUAGAAAGAAGCAAAAUCCUGAAAUGGUGGGGAAUUUUUAUAAAUGGGCAAAGUAUGAUGAAUCAAUGUUUCUAAAACCUAACGAAAAUGCCAUGAUUAAAAAUAAUGUUUACAAUUUACAUUGGGCAUUAGAAUUAGAAGAAACAGAUGAUGAAUUAGAAGAAUUAACAAAUCAUCUUAAAGAAUUACGCAUUCUUGCUUCAGAAAAUGACCGAAAUACAUUGAAUACUGAAAUUUGCUGCAAAUUUUGUAAAGUAACUGUUUAUGGUAUUGCGAAACUUCGCGAACAUCUGUAUACAUCGGAACACAAAAAACAUGAAAAAAAGUGGGCUAUUAAACUUUAAACAUUUAUUUUGAUAUAAUUAUUAUUAUAUACUUUUUUAUAAAGUAUAUACUUGCCUAAGAAAAGAAAAUAUUUUUAGUUAUGAAUUAACAAAUGUACCUUAACAUGAUCAGUAUUAUACAAAGUAUUAUAAUUAUGUAUUCAAAACUUUACUUAUAGUUAUGACCUAUAUAAGGAUAACGA